CUUGAAUGCCUAAUUAAUUGAUAGUUUAUCAAUAGGACCAAAGAUGUUACAUGUUUGGUCACUAGUCAAUUAGCCGUCUUUUCAUUUAUCUCGUUUGAGGCUUUGAUCAUCUAACUUUUCUUUUGCAAGUAAUAUGUAGGUUUGAUGGCGAGGAUUUUUUGAGAAGAAUGAAGGGGAAGAAGAUCAUGUAUGUAGGAGAUUCUUUAAGCUUAAAUAACUUUGAAUCACUUAUUUGCUUGAUACAUGGUGCAAUUCCAGGAAUCAAAUACAAACAAAAAGCUACUCCUCUCAAUUUUACAGUCACAUUUCAGGAGUAUGAGGUCCAAGUAAUAUUAUUUCACUCUAACUUCUUAGUAGACAUUGAAGAAGAACAAUUAGGGCGAGUGGUAAAGAUGAAAUCUCUGAAGAGUGGAGAAAUAUGGAAGCAAAUGGACGUUUUAAUAUUCAAUAGUUGGCUGUGGUGGACUAGGACUGGACGACAACAACCAUGGGACUAUAUUGAGAAACUCGAUGGUGAAAUAGUGAAAGACAUGAAUCGCAUAAGUGCUUUUGAAAUGGUUAUGCGAUCAUGGGCGCAAUGGGUUGACAAGGAAAUUGAUCCAAACAAAACAAAAGUUUUUUACCAAGGGGAGUCGGCCUCCCCUUACCAUUAUAGGGGAAACUAUUGGGGGAAGUCAGCAGACACAAACUGCAAGAGUGAGUUCAUACCUUUGAAUGAAACCAUGAUUUUCACCACACCAUCACAAUGUACCAACAUUACAAAGAACAUCUUGAGCCA